UUCCACGUUAUAAGGGGCGCUCGUUUCGCGUUAUAAGGGGCGCUCGUUUCGCGUUAUAAGGGGCGCUCGUUCCACGUUAUAAGGGGCGCUCGUUUAACGCGUUAUAAUGGCGAGCUUGUUCUGUGUUGUGCGAAAAGUGUUCCCUCGUGGAAGAACCGCGUCAUAGCAAAAACGCGUUAUAACACUGUCAUGCGUUAAGCGAGGUCUGACCGAAGAGUACAACACUCGGGUGUGUUCCAGCACACACAGAGCUGUGUUUAGAGGGGAGUGUGGUGGAAUGUGAGACGCAGCGUUACUAAUCCCUCUGCGUUGUUGUUCCACAGGCGGCCGCCGUCAUUCACAAGAGUCUGCUGGGAGCUGCGGCUCCCGACGCGGCAGUGGGGGGCCCCGGUGCGGGAACGGCGGCCGGGGCGGGGAAUGAGGAUGAUGAGGAAGAGGAGGAGGAGGGGGGUUGUUGCAGCGACUCGGAGGAGCACUUCGAGAGCGAGCUGAGGACGGGCGCGGCGCGGGCCAGGCUGCUCGACUCGCUGCUCGCGCACGCCCAGCGCGUCCUCGCCGUGUUCGACGUGCGGAUGCUGCGUCGUUACGGCUGCCCCCUGACCUUCGACUCAAACACCGCCCACCCGCGGCUGCUCGUGUCGCCGGACGGCCGCUGCGUGUCCCAGCGCGGGCGCCGCGACGCCACCUCGCCCCAACCCUCGGCCUUCGACGUGUGGCCCCAGCUGCUGAGCCGCGAGCCCCUGGCGGGCCCCGGGCGCCGCGAGGGCCCCAGCUACUGGGAGGUCGGCGUCCACGGCGCGCAGAACUGGCGCGUGGGGGUCGCGCGCGGGGACUCGCCGCGGCGGGGCGCCGGCGCCGACGUCUGCCUGGGCGCCAAUGCGCUCUCCUGGUGCCUGGCGCUCACCGAGGGCGAGCUCUCGGCCUGGCACGACAACCGGCAGACGCUGCUCCCGCCGCCGGCGGCGGCGACGCCGGCCGAGGACGCGCGCCGGGCCGGCGACGCGGCGGCGCUCGCCGUGGCCGAUGCCGGCUGCCGCGGGACGUGGGACCUGCGAGCGCACGUGUGGGAGCGCGGCGCCGGCGCCGGGAAGGGGAAAGGGGCGGCCGAUCUCUCGCCGCCGGCCGCCGCGCCGGCUCCGGCGCCGGCGGCGACGUCGGGGCUGCGGCGCGUGGGCGUGCUGUUGGACCCGGCAGACGCCCGGCUGGCGUUCUACGACGCGGAGCGCGGCGCCGAGCUGCACUCGUUCCGCGUGGCCGGGGACCGCGAGGGCCGCGAGGGCCCCGAAGGCCGAAUGUACGCUGCCGCCGGCCUGUGGGACGUGGGCUCCUGCCUCACGCUCUACGUGCCGCUCCGAGAAUCCAAAUGACGGUCGUCACCCAGCUCCCCCCCCCCCACCCCUCCUCCCGCCUGACCUGGGCCCCGUCGUCAACGAGCCCCCCCUCGCUGGGCUGGCACGUCUGCUGAGGACACGGAGUACCGCCGGUUAGCACGGUUGGCUACGUACGGCGCGAAAUAAGUUCAGCAUACUUACGUAGACACAGAGUGGCGGGGUCAGUUCAGGCGCGUACGUAGGCGUUUGGUGGAUUGUUGCCCUUCGCCGGACCGCGAGAGAUGGGGGCUGCUUGAUGAGUUGAGGCCUUCGCCCGGUGGGGGGUGGUCCUGCUGCAUUGACAUCAUCGCUAGAGACUUGACAACCACUGCUGAGGUCUUGUUGACGCAUAGUUACGCAUGCUCUUCGUGUGCGUAUAGUUUGUCGUCCUUCCGCCGCAUCUCCGAUUUGCAUGGUUGGCUACGUACGGUGCGAAAGAAGCACAACGUACGUACACACACUGCCGUCGUCCAAUCAGGACCGUGUCGUCUCAAAGAGACUCUGUGUCGCCUUACAAGAACUCUCUCUGUUGUCUAAUUAACCCCUUUCCCGUUACGAUAACUUCAUCGGUACCGAGGCUUCCCACAAGGCCAUGUGGGAGGGCAGGGGCGCAACUAUGGGCGGGGGGGGUGGUAUGUGGUGGCGUUAUGCGAUACAAAGGGGGCCCAGUCGGUUCACAAGGGAAUGCCCAAAUCAAUAGAUAAACACAAAUACAAACAUACAAAGAAAUUUUAUCUUAAAAAAUUCAUUCAAAUUUAGCUGUGGCGUACUAUGGACCAAGCCCGGUGGUUAACGCAUCCUGGCUAUGAUAUUAAUAGAGCGGCAUAGAGUUGCGCGAUCUACCGAUGGGACUGGCAUGAACGCAAGAUGCACAAUAACUUAAUUGUGAGUAUUGUUACCUUUACAUAUUUUAUUAAUACUGGCACUGCGAGACUGUCUACUUCUAAACCCAAUACUAAUAUAUAAAUAUAGCCUACAUAUUAUAGUAUACGGGGGUUAAAAACCAUCCGUAACUAUUUCAGUAAAAAGUGAGUCGGGAGAAAGGAGGGGGGCCCACAGUCGGAUCUUGCACAGCCCCCCCCCCCCGUUUAAAUAGCCCAUUGUGCCCCCAUGGGAGGGCGCGCGUGGCACGGUUUUGGCACCGGUUAUUGUAGCGUGGCGGCGGUCGUGUCACCAGUGCCGGAUUAAGUUAGUGCGGGGCCUGUAGCAAAUGUUAUGAAGGGGCCCUAAAUACCAAAAAAACAUAAAUGUUGAAAUAUUUUUUUUUU